CUCCUACUAAGAAAUUUUACUGGCCCGUGGAUUGGGAAUCAAUAAUAACUACGCUACACACAUUAUCCCAAAUCUAGGUUUUCGACUUUCGAAUUUCUGUUUCCCUCUUUUUUACCUUCUGAUUUAUCGGAAACACUAAAUGACUGGAUUAAUCUGAUUCAACAGACAAAAUGAAACACCCGGAUGAAGGCUGCAGCGGUGGUGAAUCAGGAGUCGGCAGGGUUUCGACGUCCGUCGAGGCAGCUGGAGGCCGACAAAGGUUCACGGUUGAAUUGAGACCGGGGGAAACAACUAUCGUAUCGUGGAAGAAGCUUCUAAAGGAGACAACUCGCCAUCGGGCCAUUAACAAUGGGUCUUCCACCCAUGUCCUGAGCUCCUCGGAAGCUGCUGAGCUUCAACCACCUCUUAAUCCGCCGCAUAACCAGUCCCCCGACAAUUGCUUCCCUCAGGGACAACCUGAUGAUAAGGAAGCUAAGGAUGCCCCUCCUGGAAACCGUUUAAAUGCUGUGAUAGAGAAGAUAGAACGCUUAUACGUGGGCAAGCAAAGUGAUGAUGAAGAAGAUCUGGAUGAUGUUCCCGAUGAAGACGAGUAUGACACAGAUGACUCUUUCAUAGACGACACUGAGUUGGAUGAUUAUUUUCAGGUUGAUGACUCCGCUAUAAAACAUGAUGGGUUCUUUGUGAAUCGCGGGAGACUAGAACGAAUUGAACCUACAGUACAACAAAAUCAACAGCCAAAUAAGCGUAGGAAGAAAAAUCAAAUCAAGGGCCUUUCUUUGAGUGAUGAUGGAGGUAAUACAAAUAAGCAGGUUAAAGUGGGAAAGAAGGCUGGAAAACUAGUACCAUAUGCUGUUGGAGCAUCUAGUCACUCCCCUGGUCUUGUCAAGCCAACUCUGUGCAGUGAGAAUGCUAAUGUUCAGAAUCAGGUUGCAAAUGUGGACCAGCAGAAUUCUGAAGGUCACCUUUCAAAAAAAAAUGUUGAUAAAUUAAAAGAAGAUUCUGAAACCCCCAUCAAGAGGCUAAAUGAUAGAAAUCUACUUUCACAAGAAAAAACUUAUGGAAGAAAUGCAAAUAUUUCCAAUGCUUUAGACCGAUCACUGUACCAUGGUGAAAAAAGUGGAAUUCUUGAUGAAAGGCUUAAUGUUAUCAGUGCUCCUGACGGAAAGAAGUCUAUACAAAGUGCUAAAAGGGAUGGUGGAUCUAAUGUGAGAUCAAAAAUUACAAUUCUUGAAAAGGCCAUAAAGGAGUUGGAGAAGAUUGUUGCAGAGUUGAGGCCACCAAAUGUUGAAGUUCAAGAUGGUGAUAAUGCGGCUCAGGCUAUCAAAAGGAGAUUACCGCUGGAAAUAAAGCAAAAACUGGCAAAAGUUGCUAGAUAUGCGCAGGCUAGCCAGGGAAAAGUAUCGAAAGAGUUAUUAAAUCGACUAAUGAGCAUUGUUGGUCAUUUGAUACAACUGCGGACAUUAAAGAGGAAUUUGAAGAUCAUGAUUAAUGUGGGGUUAUCAGUAAAGCAAGAGAAAGAUAAUAGGGUGCUUCAAAUAAAAAAGGAAGUUGCAGAGAUGAUAAAGACCAGAAUCCCACUUAUGAAGUCAAAGGCAAUUGAACAACAAGCUGGAACUUCUGAUGAUUUUCAAUCAAUUGCGACUGAAGAAAAAGAAGCUUUUAAAAGAAAGUAUUGCAUGGAUAAUUUGCUAGAAGACAAAAUAUGUGAUCUGUAUGAUCUCUAUAUUGAGGGACUGGAAGAAGAUGCUGGCCCACAAGUCAGAAAGCUUUAUGCAGAGCUCGCAGCAUACUGGCCAAAUGGAUUCAUGGACAACCAUGGGAUCAAACGAGCUAUCUGCCGAGCAAAAGACAGAAGGAAGUCAUUAUAUAACCGGAAAAAGAAUCAAGAGAAAAUAAGAAGGAACAAGGUGUCGGGUCAAAAGGGCGAAGAUGCUUCUAAAGUUGAAACGACCACCACCACUGCUCUUGAUCAAGAGAAGAAGCCAGCAAUUGAUGCAAGGGAUAACAAUGUCUCGGCAACAAAUAAGCCAACAGUUCCCAGUGCCGGAGUUAUUAAUUCUGCCCCUAUUCCCUCUCAGGGCAUCCCAAGUUUGGAUCGUCUGAAACUAGAUAAAGCUAAAGGGACUGGUGAUAGUAGGCAUACUUCCCCAGAUAUGAUUAGAAAGAAGAAAAUGAAGAGGAAACUUGAGCCAGAGUUGUCCAUUGAUGGCCAUCCGGAGAAAUUAGCCUCUUCUACACAAGCGGCUGCUGAAAACAAUCGACCUCAGGAGCCACAAGCAGCCUUUUCUUUCCUUAAGAAACCCAUUCUUGAGUUAAAUGAUCUUCCCGGCCCUGAAGAUUAGGCAUGAAUGCAUUUUUAUGAAGAUAACAACUCUGAUAUCUUUGCUUUUUACUUCCUUCACAAGUCAUAUAUGUAAUUAUUAGUUGUUGGCAUAGAGCAUUUUUACCUCUUGAAAGUGAUGGGAUCCGAUGAUUAGAGCAUGUUUAGAUAGCAUGAUUGUUCUUCCCCGUUUCUCUGAUUUAGAUGUACACUUGCAUUACAAAUUCAAAUAUUAUGGACCUGUUUACUAACAGAGAUAUUUUCCUG